AUGCCGUCGAUACAUCCUAGAAAGCAGCAUGGUGAUGUUGCAAAAACUGCGAAUCAAACUAACACAUAUGGUACGCUUGAAAGUCAAGCUGUCAAGGAUAACGAAAUACUAAAACACGCCAGUAUUAAUCUACCUGAACAAUUAUCGUCCAAACAAAAAUCAUCUACUAAAAAACCAAAUAAAUUGAAAUUCUAUCAGAUUUAUCGUUUUGCGAACAGAUGGGACGUAGUUCUGAUCAUCAUUGCUUUGAUAUCAGGAUUGGCUAGUGGUGCUACAUUUCCUCUCAUUUUCCUUGUUUAUCAACGCGUUGUCAAUGGCUUCGUAGCUCUGGGCAGAAGCACAGCAGACUACAACGAAACAUCUAGCAUAUUUCAUGGCUGUCUAGCUAGUACCGCAUCAUCGGUAUCAAAUGGAACUGAAAAGCUAUCACCCUAUGAUGAUAUCAUGUCAGUCAUCAAGUGGUAUCCGAUUCUAGGUGCCUGUUGUUUUAUUCUCUAUUGGAUUUCGUAUACAUGUUGGAUCAUCACAGCUGAACGACAAGUGCGUCGCAUGAGAUACGCUUUGUUCAGCAACAUGAUGAAGCAAAACAUCGGCUGGUUCGAUACUCAAAUAUCCAGCAAUCUAUCCAGUGGAUUGUUAAUCGAUUCUUUAGAUACAAUUCAUGAUGGUAUUGGUGUCAAAGUAGCAGAUUUCGUUGCUUUGAGUGCUCGUAUUCUGGGUUGUCUUUGCUAUGCGUUGUAUGUUGGCUGGAAGCUGACCUUGGUUUUUCUGAGUGUCUCACCACUGAUUGUAUUGACGUUCAAUGCAAGUGUAAUGAUCAUGAAAAAGUAUACAGCGAAAGAGAAGGCUGCUUAUAAUCAGGCGAAUUCUAUUGUGCACGAGGUUCUAUCGGCAAUACGAACUGUAACUGCUUUCUGCGGACAACAGCGAGAACUAAAGAGAUAUGAAGAUAGUUUAGUAGAAUCGAAGAAAACAGGUCAUAAAAAAGGAUUAUUACUUGGGAUUAGUCAAGCAUUUGUUAACAUCGCUCUAUAUGGUUCUAUUGGUUUGAUUUUUUGGUAUGGACCUCAUCUAACUCGUGUGGAAUGUUGGAAUUACAAUGCGGGGAUAGUUAUUAUCAUCUUCACAUCAUGCCUUGUCUCUAGUAACAAUAUCUCGACACUCAUUCCUGCUGUGCUGGAAUUUGCCGAAGUAUCUAUAGCAGGUGCACGAGUUUUUGCCCUUAUAGAUCGAAAAUCACCCAUUGACAUCAGUGACCGUAGUGAGCAACAACAAUCCAAUAUUCAGUUACAUGGUGAUAUUGAAUUUCGUAACGUUAUCUUCAACUAUCCAGCCAGGAAAGAAGCUCAACCGAUUUUGCAAGGAUUAAGUCUCAUGUUUCGAAACGGUACGACAACUGCUAUUGUUGGAGAGACCGGGUGUGGAAAGAGCACAAUUGUUCAAUUAAUUCAACGAUUUUACGAUCCUGAUCAAGGCCAAGUCCUGAUUGAUGGAGUAGAUGCACGACAAUUGAAUUUGGGAUGGCUACGAUCUCAAAUCGGAGUUGUUGGACAAGAGCCUGUGCUCUUUUCUGGUACUGUUGCGGAGAACAUUCGGUUAGGUAACUUAUCGGCAAAUGAUGCUGACGUGUAUGCUGCAGCUAAACUGGCGAAUAUUGAUGAAUUUAUUCAAAGUUUGCCGAAUAAAUACGAAACGCAAGUGACAGGCCGUGAUUUUUCGGGUGGACAAAAGCAGCGCAUAGCUAUUGCCCGAGCACUUGUGUCCAAUCCAAAAAUUCUUUUACUUGACGAAGCCACGUCUGCACUAGAUACGGAAAGUGAACGCGAAGUACAGAAAGCACUUGACCAAGCACGGCGUGGUCGAACAACAAUCGUCAUUGCUCAUCGCCUAUCAACCAUUUACACUGCUGAUCUUAUUGUUGGUUUAGAACGAGGCGGCAUUGUUCAUGAGCAAGGAACCCAUGCUGAAUUGAUGGCUCGUAACGGAAACUAUGCGCGAGCAGUUAUUGCGCAGCAAAUGGCCGAUGGUACUCCAAUUGAAGACGAGAUCGAUGGUGAGAUUGAUGACGCACAACUAGAAAACCACGAUGUGUUCGAACGUCACAUGUCCAUUCGUUCGACUCAUUCAAAUCAAUCGUCAAUAAGUGCAAAGACAGAAGUUUACACCGAUGACGAUAAUAAUAAAUUGAUAAAGACAUCAAGACGACCGCUUUUUCUUGAUAUUCUUCGAAUGAACGCACCCGAAUGGCUACCUAUCUUGUUAGGUAGUAUUGCUGCAUUAUUUUUCGGUGCCGUCAUGCCAUCGUUUGCUUUUACAUUUUCGCUCGUUUUCGGCUUAUUUUCUGAACCAGAUGCAUCGGUGGCUGAACGCAAUGCACGCAAUUAUGCUAUAUAUGUCUUCUGCAUCGGUCUAGCGGGCGGUCUUUGUCAGUUCGUCUCGUCAUUGGCCUUUGCUUAUUCGGGUGAAGCAUUAACCACAAGAAUGCGAAUGCUUUCUUUCGCCACAAUGCUCCGCCAGGAAUUAUCGUGGUUUGAACAAGAAGUCAAUCGACAUGGAGUACUUGUCACACGACUUGCAAGUGAUGCAGCUGCGUUGAAAGGCAUGACAGGUGUGACGAUUGGCGCCUUCCUCAAUGCAGUCGGUACACUAGUCGCAGGACUUGCUAUUAGUUUCAGUGCCGGAUGGAAACUAACACUGGUUCUUCUCUGUUUCACUCCGUUUAUUAUCAUCACUGGAAUAGUCCAAGGUUCGACAUUGGCUAAAGCCGGACAGAAACGCAAUGUGUCAACGAAUGCAGAAACUGCUGGCAAAUAUGCGAUUGAAGCUGUACAAAACAUUCGUACGGUUGUUUCACUACAUGUCGAGAAUUAUUUUAUUGAACUUUAUAAAGAAACGUUUGAUCGUGACUUCAAACAUGCAUUAAAACAAAGUCAACGCACAGCUUUUGCUAACGCACUAGCGAAUUCAUUGAUGUUUUUCAUUCAUACUGCGGCAUUCGGGUACGGGGCACAACUCGUUCGCAACGGCGAAAUGACUUACGUGAAAGUUUUCCAAGUAUUCGCUGUCAUCACUUAUGCUACCGUAGCGUUCGGGCGUAGUGUUAGUAUGGUGCCGAAUUAUAAUCGAGCUAAACAAGCAGCUAAACGUAUCAUUGAACUGAAUGCACGACAAUCUCGCAUUGAUCCCGACAGCGAAGAUGGUAUAAAGCUAGAGACUGUUCGAGGUGAAUUGCGAUUUCGCAAUGUUACUUUUGGUUAUCCAUCUCGACGCAAAGUAUAUGCUUUGCGUCGCUUGUCACUGACUUGCGCAGCCAAUUCACAGACAGCCAUUGUUGGUCCGAGUGGUUCUGGAAAAUCAACUUGUGUUGCAUUGAUACAACGGUUCUAUGAUCCAGUCAAAGGUUCCGUAGAAUUGGAUGGACAUGAUUUGCGUACACUCAAUAUCAAAUGGCUCAGAUCAAUAGUAGGCAUUGUUCAACAGGAACCAGUGCUUUUCAAUCUAUCCAUUCGAGAUAAUAUUGCCUAUGGAGAUAUUGGUCGAACGUUUUCGAAUGAAGAGAUUGAAAAUGCUGCAAGAGAAGCAGAUAUUCACGAAACAAUUAUUCGACUCGAACAGGGCUACGAUACUAUGUGUGGUUCUGAAGGUCAAAGUAGAUUAUCCGGUGGUCAAAAACAGCGCAUUGCUAUAGCACGAGCACUUAUUCGAAAACCUAAACUGAUUCUGUUCGAUGAAGCAACUUCGGCGCUUGAUGUCGAAGUAGAAAAGAAAAUUAUGGCCACUAUAGAACGCACUCGUCAGGAUCGUACUUGUGUGAAAAUAGCCCAUCGCUUAUCCACCAUUUACAACAGUGAUAAGAUUGCUGUACUAGUACAAGGACGUCUCAAUGAGGAAGGUUCGCACGAAGAACUAAUGAACAAAAGAGGCACUUAUCGUAAAAUGGUCGAUAUAACUGAAUCAUAA